GUUUCAGGUUGCAAGAAGGGGCCGACAGGAAUGCAUCGUGCGCGACAUUUUUGAUCCGUAAAGCGUUUGCGGGCUAAUUCGCUUUGCACACAUCGAUCGACCUUUGGGUCUGCCUGCAACUUCUUGCUGCCCGAUCGGAGCAUGAAAUCGUCAUGCAAGCCAAGCCAAGCCCCAUACCAAGAUUUCGGUGAAGCUGGCUCGGCAAGUCUGCACACUCUGACUUGUGCGCACUGAGGUCCGAGUGGCGGUGCGAUGUCGUGAACGGUAGAGUGGCCCGAUCAUGAUCGAAAGAUGCUUUCCCGCUACCAUCUUCCCCCACCUCUCUCCUCGACUUUGCUUGCUUCGCGUACAAUACGACACCUCCGAUGGGGGGUGGUCAUCGGUCGCGCAUCCGGCAGUCCCUCUUGCCUCUUCUGGCCACGACCUUUUGGACUUGCAUCUUGCUAUGUUUGCCACGCAUUUGCGCACGAAAUUUCACACUUCGCAACGAGAUCAGAGGAGAUGGGUUUUAUGAUUCCUUCUAUUGGUGGAACUAUGGCGAUCCUACACACGGUACCGUCGACUACGUCAGCAAACGGGAGUCGCAGUCUCUAAACUUGUCAUACGUCGACGCGAGCACGGGAAACUUUAUCAUGCGAGCAGACGAUGCAUCCAUCGCAUCGCCUUCCUCGUCCGGUCGAAAAUCAGUUCGCAUUCAUUCCAUCGACAAGCUUCAGGACGGGGUUGUGGCGAUGCGGGUCAAACACAUGCCGAGCGGAUGCGGAACGUGGCCGGCUUUUUGGACUUGCACGACGAGCAACUGGCCAGCUGGUGGAGAGAUUGAUAUUGUGGAAGGUGCGAGCGAUCAAGGACCCAGGAAUCUGGCUAGUCUGCACACCACUGCCGGCUGUACCAUUCCUGCUGGCAACUCUUCCAUCUCGACUGGAUUCACGGGUCAAACGGAUUGUCAGUACCAACCAGGCUGCUCCGAAAGCUUCUCGCUAUCAAAUUCCUUUGGUCCCGCUUUCAACCAGAAUGGCGGAGGCUGGUUCGUCAUGGUUCGCGACACUUCUCCCAUCUCGUCCACAUCAAACGAGAGUGAUCUCAGCAGCAGCACGACGACGACGCGGCUUCCAGGACCUGGAAUUUCCAUCUACUUUUACCCCUCCUCAACUUCCUCGACCGAUCUACCCUCCUUCUUAUCGACCAAUCGCACCCUUCCUUUUGUCCUCACCGGUCUCAACGCUACCAACCCCGCACUCGGUGGCAGAUCAGAUGAGAAUUGGGGAAGACCUGCCGCCUUCUUUCCCACGACGCCCACACCCGCUUUGCGCGCUAUUGGAUCAAGCAACACAACGGACGACGCGCCUUCGUGCCCCAUGGACAGAUAUUUCGACGAGCACGAGAUCAUCAUCAACCUCACUUUUUGCGGUUAUUGGGCUGGCGAAACGUUUCCUUACGUGUCGACGUGUCCCAAGAACACGACUUGCGACGAAUACGUUAGGAAUAAUCCGCAAGCCUUCUCGGAAGCACGCUGGGAGAUUGAAAAGCUGCUCGUCUACACGGAUGGCGCGUCCCGCGUCGCAGCAUCUUCUCGCAUCUGGACACUCGGCAUCGGCUUUUUGCUCGCUUGUAUCAUAUCCUGUUGGUAGCCAGAAUUUAUAGAGGGUUUGGGAUGU